ACCAUCUAAUUCUACGACUCUACAAGACUAAAAGAUGAUUAAAAGUAGCAGGUCUAUUUAAUGCGCACUUAAAAAUUUGAUUUUUAUUUGCUUACGAAUUUCGUCAAAGAGCGAGUUUCGCAAAUGAAUAUAAUUUAAGAUAUACUUACAAGUGAGAGAAGAAGAAUACUUUUUUAUAAGUAGCCAUAUAAAUUGGUAUCACACUAACCACCACUUCUCGUCCUUUUUCCGGUCGUCGCGAAACGUGUCGGACGUCGGUCCCCAUUCCGCCGUAAAAUGUCUUCGAAAGUAUCAAGAGACACUCUGUAUGAGUGUGUGAAUGCUGUGCUGUCGUCAGCGCAGGAGAAGAAGAGGAAGUUCCGGGAGACGGUGGAACUCCAGAUUGGCCUGAAGAACUAUGACCCCCAGAAGGACAAGCGUUUCUCAGGAACUGUCAAGCUGCGCAACAUGCCGCGCCCGUCGAUGAAGGUGUGCAUCCUGGGAGACCAGCUGCACUGUGACGAGGCUCAGGCCAACAACCUGCCUUUCAUGGAUGUUGAGGCUCUGAAGAAGCUCAACAAGAACAAGAAGCUGGUCAAGAAACUAGCCAAGAAGUACGAUGCCUUCCUGGCUUCGGAGUCGAUCAUCAAGCAGAUUCCGCGUAUCCUGGGCCCGGGUCUGAACAAGGCCGGCAAGUUCCCCGGCCUGUUGACCCACCAGGACAGCAUGACCGGCAAGGUCGACGAGAUCAAGAGCACCAUCAAGUUCCAAAUGAAGAAGGUGCUGUGCCUGUCUGUCGUGCUGGGCCACGUGGAGAUGACCCCCGACGAGCUGGUGAUCAACACCCACAUGGCCAUCAACUUCCUCGUCUCGCUGCUCAAGAAGCACUGGCAGAACGUGCGCUCGCUGCACGUCAAGUCCACCAUGGGACCGCCCCAGCGGCUGUACUAAGCGCCUGUCUGAGCUGCAAUACAAGGUCCGGCGACUUCA